CCUUUUAAAGAUGGGACUUGGUCUGUAUCUCCUGAUUCUGGGUCUUCUACUCCUCCAGCCUGUUAAAACUGCAUCAUCUGAAUGUGGAGUUGGGUGGGAAACAAAUGGCGACAAAUGCAUUGAUGUUGAUGAAUGCGCAUAUCCCGUCUGUGGCAAUCGUGCCAGGUGCUUCAACACCAAUGGCAGCUACUACUGUCAGUGUAAUCCUGGCUUUCACGUGAAUUCAGAAUCUAGAACCUUCACUGGCAUUGACGGAGUGUGUCGUGAUAUCAACGAGUGCUUAGAGACCCCCAAUAUCUGCGGGCCCAAGGCCUCCUGCCAGAACACCGCUGGGUCCUACAACUGCACCUGCUCUGAGGGCUACAUCUCCAGCAACGGCCAGAGAGUUUUUCACAACGCCACAGGAGUCACCUGUGCAGAGCUGAAGAGUGACCUGUACAAAACCUCAGGUUCACCUGACCAGGAUGCGUUCCAGCUGCAGGUGAUCACCUGGGUGGGGCUGUCGGUGUCUCUGGUGUGCCUCCUGCUGUGCAUCGUUACCUUCCCCUUUUGCCGGUCCAUUCAAGGAACUCUCAACUUCAUCCACAUCCACCUGUGCAUCUGCCUCUUCAUCGCCGACCUGGUCUUCCUCGCUGGCAUCUCCCGCACCGAGGACAAGGUGGGCUGUGGGAUUGUGGCAGGGGUCCUGCAUUACUUCUUCCUGGCAGCGUUCUGCUGGACGUUGCUGGAGGGGGUUCAGCUGUACUGCAUGGUGGUUCUGGUGUUCAACACCACACUGCGGCCGAUCGUCACGAUCACCAUCGGAUACGUCGUUCCCGCGGUGAUCGUUACCGCCAGCGCCCAGGGAUACGGCACAGACAGGCACUGCUGGCUGAACCUGGAGAAUGGGUUCAUCUGGAGAUUCUUUGGACCCGUCUGCAUCAUCAUCAUCAUCAACGGCAUGUUCUUCGUCGUCACUGUGUGGAAGCUGGCCCAGAAAUUCUACUGCCUCAAUUCAGACAUGUGUACCCUGCGCAAGAUCAAGACGUUCACAGUCACUGCCAUCGCCCAGCUGUGCGUGCUGGGAACCAUGUGGAUUUCUGGCUGCUUCCAGUUCGAGGGGAACACGCUGGUCGCCUCUUACCUCUUCGCCAUCUUUAACUGCUUACAGGGGGCGCUGGUACUCAUCAUGCGUUGUCUCCUCUACAAACAGGUAAGAGAGAAGCACACCAGGUUCCUGCCCUGUAUCCGCAAAGACUUGUCAGCGAACGAAUCCGGCAGUGAACCAGCCCAGGCAUUCAGGACACUGGAGAGUGAUUAGAACACUGGGGAGUCACAGAU